GUGCAUCUUACUACCAUAGUAUUUGACAGAGAGAGAGAAAAAAGAAAAGGGAAUUUGUAGCGAUGGGAAUUGGAGUGAUUGUGAAUUUAUUUUUAUUGUUAAUCUUCAAUAACAUCAAGUGUGGUUUGAGUGAAAUUGGCACUGCCUCAUCCUAUGAGCCUCCUUAUACACCCACAAGGUGCAAUGGCAACCGAGCAGAUCAAUUCCCAUUGGGGAACUUAUUUGUGUCAGUGAGCGAAGGACUAUGGGAUAACGGUGCAGCAUGUGGUAGGCGAUACAGACUCAAGUGUUUGAGUGGAAAUAAUAAACCAUGUAGAGAUGGUACCAUUGAUGUUAAGGUGGUAGAUUUUUGUUCCAAAAGGCCGUGUCCUUCGACUAUUGUUUUGUCAAAUGAUGCUUUUUCUGCCAUUUCCAAGUCUCAAAGGGAGAAAAUCAACGUUGAAUAUAUUGAGAUCUGACAUGAACCUUGGUGUGUAUGGAAUUUCAUGUUUUGUUUUAUAUAUAUGUACUUGUUGAAGACUAAAUUCAUGAAAUUAAAUAUGAAGAAGAUAGUGUUUGAAUUUUGUAAUAUACUGUAUAAUAACAAGAAAUUUGCAUACAACUCAACUUAAUUGAAUGUAAUGAACCGACAUAUUAAGAUAAGGUUAUACUUAAAUUUUUCAUUGAAUUCGUGGGAUAACAACAAUAAAUCAAAUAAUUAUAUCAUUCGUACACAUCACAUCGCAUCACAUCACGGCUUACACAAAUUUGCAAAUCAGAAACUUUAUAUAUAUAUACCUAACAAUCGAUCCCGCAUUGUCCUUUAACUGCAUCAAGAGUAUCGUCUGUGGUAAAGGGGUCGAUACGAACCCACAAAAGG